CUCCAUUCAUCCAUUCAAGCAUCCCCAGCACUCAGUCCAUAGGUGCACUCCAUCCCACCCUAGGGUCCGCACACCACACGACUGGGAGAUUCGCUCUCCUUUUCCUUCCUUCCUUUACUACCGUCCGUUAGGACCCUUAACCACACCACCAUCAAAACAAAAGAGAGAAAGAAAAGAGAGAAAGAUGCACUCAGCACUCAACCGCGCACAAGCCGUCUUCGGCUUCUUCACGACCGUCGCGCUCUUCGUCGCCGGUCUCGCGGCCCUUUCUGUACUUCUUUACCCGACGGACGGAAUCACAUCUAAUGUGAAGGUGCGCGAUGUGAAAGUAACAAAAGGCCGUCCACACUACUACAGCACCAAAAAAGAAGAAUACGCGACGAUGCGCUUCGAUUUGGACGCUGACCUCUCCCCCCUCUUCACCUGGAACACCAAACAACUCUUCGUCUACGUGUACGCAAGCUACCCCACCUCCCCGAACUCCAACACCACCUCGCACUCCGUAAUCUGGGAUACGAUAAUCCCGGCCCCCGAAUCGCCUUACUCGGUUGAUGCGCUUCGCGAACGGUUCUUCCCUACCACCACCAAGGCUGGGAAUAAGAAUAAGCGGACGGCGAAGAAGUCGGCCACUGUUACUGGGAAGGGGAAGGGGAAGGGGAAGGCGGCGGAGCCAGGGGUUCUGAAGCUGCGGGAUCAAAAGGCCAAGUACUCGAUUGGGGAUGUUUCGGGGAAGAUGGCGGAACGGGAUAAUGUGACGUUGUCGGUGGGGUGGAAUGUGCAGCCUUGGGUGGGUGCGUUGUGGUGGAGUCCGGAGUCGGGAAGUGUGCCUAGGACGGAGGGGGAUGUUGGGACGAGUAAGGUUUUUGGGUUGCCGGCGUUGAAGAGUAGAAGUACUGGUGCUUCUGCAGGCGCUGGGGCGAAGGUGUGAGGGGGGUGGUGUUGUGUGGGAUGAUAGCAUUGGGAUUUUGGGUGUUGUGAUGGAUUGAUUGUAGGGUUGCCCUUUUUUUUUAAUUCCAUUUUCUUUUCUUUUUCGGUUGGGACACAACAGGUAAACAUAAACAUAAAACAUAAG